UGGGUCCUCCUCCUGCCCCCCCGGCGCUCCCGCCCUCGCACACUCCUCUCGCACCGCCGUCGGCCCGCCCGGCCUUGUCGGCACCUCGCCCGCCCGCCGCACGCACGGCCGUUCUGCCGCACGCCCACCGGCACCCCCCCACCAUGCUGCCGGCAUGGACCCCGGCGGCGGCUGCACGGCUCCUCUCGGCUGCUGAGUGCCCUCUGAGGUCCGCCGCAGGUAGCAGCGGGGCGGGCGGCGCUGAAGUGGUAUAGGAAGAGCAGAAGGGCGAGGAAAAUAAAUAAAUAAAAAAAAGAGGAGGAAAAAAAAAAAGAAAACGGAAAGAAAAGGGAAAAAAAAGCGCAAAAAGCAAAAGCAAAAAAAAAAAAAAAAAAAAAAAAAAAAAAAAAAAGGCCACCAGCCCAGCCAAGCCUGGCUUUGGACAUCGGCGCAGGUAUCUGUGCCGCUGUGCUCAUCCCACGCCGCCUCGGUUUUUUUUUCGAAAGGAAAGGAAAAAAACGAACGGAAAGGAGAAGUGGAACUCUCAAAGGGUUACUAUGCAAUUGCGACUGAUUUCUUGGUUUUUUAUCGCUUUGAACUUUAUGGAAUACAUUGGCAGCCAGCACGCCUCCAGGGUACGGCGACAGGGAAGAAUGCAUCCUAACGUGAGCCAGGGUUGCCAAGGAGGGUGUGCUACAUGUUCGGACUACAAUGGAUGCCUGUCAUGUAAGCCCAGACUCUUUUUUUUUCUGGAAAGGAUCGGCAUGAAACAGAUUGGAGUAUGUCUUUCCUCGUGUCCAAGCGGAUACUAUGGGACACGGUAUCCUGACAUUAACAAGUGUGCAAAAUGUAAAGCUGAUUGUGAUACCUGCUUCACCAGAAACUUCUGCACAAAGUGUAAAAGUGAGUUUUACUUAUACAGUGGAAAGUGCCUUGAAAAGUGCCCAGAUGGGCUGGAAGCCAACAACCACACAAUGGAGUGCGCUAGUAUUGUGCACUGUGAAGCUAGUGAGUGGAGUCCAUGGAGCCCUUGCACAAAGAAAGGAAAAACAUGUGGUUUCAAAAGAGGAAAUGAAGUAAGGGUCAGAGAGAUCGUACAACAUCCGUCAGCAAGGGGCAAUCCUUGCCCAGCUACAAGCGAGAGCAGAAAAUGUAUGGUACAAAGAAAGAGAUGUCAGAAGGAAGGAAAAGGGAAAAAAAGUAGGGAGGAAAAAAGAAAAAAGUCCAACAAAGACGAAAGUAAGGAGUCAAGACAGGAAAGCAAAGGGCGAGCAGCCCGAAGGCAAAACCGAGAACAGAGGGAAAACAACAACAAAACGCAGCCGAAGAAACGAAAAGCCCCCAGUAAAGAACAGAACCUGGCACCUGUCGACACUGCACAUUAACAGCCUUCCAUGAUUGUUUAAGUCUUAUGAUGCUGCUAUCUCUACCAGAUCGCCCUGAUAGGUGCUCCAACCAUUCAGGCCGCAAAUGGACAAUGCUACCAGUUACUAUUAAACUUUAAACAACAUUCCAAAUACUUCCUAUAUUCUCCAAGCAAACAUAGUUUAUUAAAGAGAUUGAGAUGAGCCAAGAAAAAGUCUAAUAAUGGGAUACUUUAGAACUGUUAUAUUAUAUGCUUCCAUGCAUCUGUAAAAGGCAAUUAAGAAAUUUUGUAUAUAUUAAUAAUAGGGUAUAAAAUAUAGCAAUAUAAUAAUGAAUGACAUUCAGAUGAACAAUGUUCUUUUUCUUUGUAAAAUAUUUUUCAAGUUAUUGUUUAAGUAUGAGGCAAGAGAUAUGUCUAAAUCAAAGACGCAAAUCGUAUCCCUUCAUAUAUUGUACAUAACUAUUACGAGAAGGAGGAAAACAUUUCUGAAGAUCCAGGAGGAACCAAGGAUUUUAUAACCUCUGGUGGAACAGAGUGGAAUUGCCUGUGGUUCCCUGGUCCGUGCACCAGAUGUGAGUGAGAAACACCAGGGGAAAGCCUGCAGGGCUUCAAAAGCUGAAGGAAGAGAAGCAGAGAUGUCUGCAGCUUUGAAGACUGAAUCCCUGAGGCAGAAAGUGACGAUGCUGAGCUUGAAUAGCGCUCUUAUCUGUGGGACAACAGAAUGUUUUCUGGUCUGAACAGUGGUACAGUGUGUGCUGUUUUAUGCUUUUUAUACCUAUGUGUAACUUAAGUCUACAUUUCAAAUCUUCUGGUGAAUGACAAAUCGUAUUUGUAGGAGACAAUGUUGAGUUAAUAAAAAACAGAGAAAUAGACCAUGUAACUGUGUUUCUCACAGUGAUGCUGUCUCCUUUUCUGCUGGGGGAGGGAAGAAUUCAGUAGAUUCACAGAGAGAAAAAGACAACUUCGGCCACAAUGUGCACAGUAUAACCACAACAAUAAGUAUAUUGAUGAAUAGAAUUUGCCAACUUUUAUCUAAUUUUACUUAAAUUGUUCUCCCAGUUCUUCUAUUUGACACAGAAGAGAUGAAAAUGUUCGUUGCUCAGGCAACAAACAAAACCCCUCGGUAACGUUCCUACUAAGGUGACACUCAAGCAAGGCAUGGGCUAUGCUAUAUGUUGCCUCUCUGCUUAGAAAUAGAUUUAUUCUUUACAGGAAAACACUGAGGAACCAACUGAUCACAUUUGCUUAGUUGCCACACUUUUCCCAGUGGUAGUUUUCACAGGAGUAACAGUCUGCCUAGUGUGCCGUGGGAUCUAGAAAAUGCAGCAGGCAAGCCUUCCUUGCCAGUUCCUGACCCUAUUCACCAGUUCUUUCUCUAAUGAUUUUGACUAGACAGUCUGUUCUGGACUUCAGAAAAGACCCUAUCAAACAUUGACUUUUCAGUGACUUUUGGAGGAAGAUACUAAUAAUUCAACCAGUGAUUCAGUAUUGUUUCCUACAUUUUGCUGUGUAAGAACUUUGUCUCUUAAAUAUAUGUGUAUAGAUGUAAUAGUCUGAUAACAUAGAUGUUUAAGGUUCUCACAGCUUGGCUUUAUCUUUCAUGAGAACUAGUCAAAACUUUGUGUGACUGGUCCCAGACUGUUUUCAUAUGCUAUAUUUUUGCUGCUGAGAAGAAUGGAACACUAAAGUCUGAAUCUUAUGGAGAUGGGCGCUGUAUGUGCGCAAUGCUCAUCACGUACAAUGAUGUCUGUAAGGAUAAGAGAAAAGUGGGGCAUGCUGAAUGCCUGUGAGAGUCAUCUAACAGUGCGAAGCCUGAGUGGAGGUGGCUACCUGCAGGUUCCCAGCUCCAUCAAGUAACUUAUGUACAUCCUUUUUCACAGUGAGCUAGUCUCCAUCUCCCACUGCUGACCCUGGCAGCAGCAAUCUUCCUUCACUUGUAUUUUCCCAUCACCUCAGUAGCAUCAGCUGAGGAGAAGUUAGUGUCAGAGAAUUAGAGGGCACAGGAUCUGUGCUCAGCACUGAGUCUCCAGAGAAUGCUGAAAGGAUGCAGAGAGAAGAAAGGGCAAAUCUUGCUGCUGCCAGGCCCAGACAUUUCCACGAAAAGCUGAGUUGCACGCAGCAGUUCUGUGCUGAGAGGGGUUGAUGUCACGGCAGAAAGCAUUCAUUGUUUCAAACCCUCUUUGGCAGCUGCAAUAACCAAUCUGUCUAGGGUGCUGGUGGAAUAUUAAGUUGCUCAGGAAGAAUUUACUACUCAGUUUACUUCUUCCAAAGAUAGGCUGAUGGCCGGAUGAACUAUCCCUAGCUGGAUCCAUCAUACAAGACCACCAGUUGGACCACAUGUAUAACUUGAACCCAAGAGAGCUUUGUCUGCAAUUCUUAAAAAUGUUCAGCAGGAUGGUAUCUUUUCCCUGCCUUAAUCAAAUAUGGGAAUUAGAUGGCAUGGGGACUUCAGAUGGAAGAAUGCAUUCUGAUAAAUGUAUGAGCAAAACCUAUAAAAAUAAAUCAGAGGAGAAUUAAAAAGAGGAAAAAGCAGAAUAAGGGAGCUAAACCAAGAACAUUGCUGAUUCCAGUUACUCUCUUUUACAUCAUUUGGAGUCAACAAAGGAAUGCCAUUGAUCUGGCAAAUAUAGAUGGAAGACUGGAAAAGCAGUAUUAAGAGCAAUGGAUAAAAGGAAAAAGAGAGUGAAAGGAAAAGAAGUUAGGACACAAAUGUGAGCUUUGUCAUAUACUGCCAUAUAAACCUUUAUUACAAACUCUGGUGUGUCUCUCCCUUCUUACGCAAGUGGUAGUGACAAAGAUGGUUUGUCUUACCAAGAGCAGGACUUGGAAUACUAUAACCUUUCAGCAAGGAUAAAAGUGUAAAAGGAAUCUGGCUUGUGCUUGUAAUAAUUUAUGGCAAGAGUACCUGCAAAAACAUGAUACAACUUUUCCUGGAAAUGAUCAAGGAAGCUGCUGUCAGGUUGUUCACUCCCACACAGGAUAAUGUUUGAUAAUAUUUCCUGUAGCCAUGGUGAAGCACUAAAAAUUAUGUCCAACUCAUCUGGGCAACUAAAAGUUUCUCCAGUCCUGGCACUGAAUGAAGACUACACUGAUUAUAGGUGAACUACUCAGCUGGGACUCCCAAGGAACUGAAGAAAAAUACAAAUCUUUGUAGGCUAAAUAUAUUGCAGUGAUACUUAUUGUCCAUCAAACAAUAAGUACAUAAAAUCAGCACUCAAUGAGCUUACAUCCAAACUGAGUAAGAGCUAAUGGGGAGUCAUGUUGCUAUGCUGGAGAAGGGCUAACUAAGUACUGCAAAUGGCUGUGAUUAAAUUUGUGUGAAACUGAUAAUUGUUUCCAAGUUGAAAAAUACUUCAAAAUCUUAAGAGUCAAAUUUAAGUAAUUCCUGCAGUAGGACUGUGAAUAGAAUAGAUUAAAAACAACUUUCUCAUAAUGAGAACAAAAUCAAACAGGUGUUAACUGUUGGCCAAAUUCACAGUGUGCUAAUUAUUGAAGAACAGUUCUGGAAUAAAAUACUAAAUAUCAGUUACAAUAAACAGAAAAAAACCACAAAUGAGGUACUAUUCUGACAGUAAAGCAACUCAGGGAAUUAUGAUCACUAGCAAAAAAACCCAGAAAAUAUAUAUAUAUAAAAAAAAACCACACUUAUGGUCCAGGCCCCAGAGCUAACCAAGAUAUACCUAGUUCUCUCACCUGGCUCCAUGUUAGUAUAGUCCUGAAAAAGGGAGUCCAAUGGUAAGAUAUGAGAAACAAUUUAAGCUCUGUACUGUUCUGCCCUUCGAUGAAAUUGUUGCAACAGCUUUAUUCUGAGCCACCACCACAGCAGGAGUGUCAGGCUAAUCAAUGUGCUGAAUGAGUGAUCCUCCACUUAGCUGGGUUUUGCUGCGUGCGAUAGCAAAGCGGCAGCAGAAAAACCUGUCAGCAGGAUGGGACCAUCACCAACCACCCCUCACAAUGAAAGUCUUGUGUCAUAUCCUCUACCAUCUGACUCUGGAUGUUUGUGGUUGUAAUGCUGAUGGGAAAGCAGCACAUGAAUAUUGUUAUUAAUUCAGAAGUAUUCCUCUACUGACCUCAUGAGUCACUGUCAUUUCUUUUUUUGUUUCUGUGGUUUUAGGCUCUUAAACUUAUUGAAGGCUUAACUUUAUGAUGCAGCAUGAAUGUACAAUGACUCUUUUACUCAAUUGCUAUGCAUUGUUAUUUUCAGAGACAGCACUGGUUUGUAUGGUUUAUGUGAAGUUACAUCAAUUCAAGCAAUAAAUCUGCAUAGCAUGACAAAA